AACAGGAAGUUAUUUAAGCAGCWGGACCGAGUUUGUGUUGUUGUUUCACGGAGCAUGUCGAAGGYAUCCUACGUGAAGUCCUCUGAGCAGCGCAGAAAUGAACCCGGGAGUUUUUACGUGGCUUUUCCUGCUGKUGCUUCGUUUACGGACACUUGCUGCGGCCACAGCAGAGGGGAGUAAUGUCCUCUUCAUCAUGUCGGAUGAUCUGCGGACAUCCCUGGGUUGCUAUGAAGACACACUUGCGAAGUCUCCCAACAUUGACCAGCUGGCAUCCAAAAGCCAAGUCUUCCUCAAUGCGUUUGCCCAGCAAGCCGUGUGCGCUCCCAGUCGCACAUCCAUGUUGACCAGUCGCAGACCGGACACAACCAGACUCUAUGACUUCAACUCCUACUGGAGAGUCCACGCUGGGAACUACACUACUCUACCACAGCACUUUAAAUCUAAAGGCUACUACACCAUGUCAGUAGGAAAGGUGUUUCAUCCAGGAAUUGCUUCAAACCACACUGAUGACUACCCCUACAGCUGGUCUAUUCCUGCAUAUCACCCAUAUUCCUUUAGAUUUGAGAAGCAAAAGGUACGAAUUACAUGUUUAAAACAUUGUUAUUACCCUGCAUGUUUCUUCCUGGCUGUGGGCUUUCACAAACCACACAUACCUUUCAGGAUCCCACAGGAGUACCUGAGCCUGUACCCCUUAGAUGAAAUGCCUUUGGCCCUAGACCCAGAUGUUCCCAARCUCCUUCCKCCUGUAGCCUACAAUCCCUGGACCGAUGUGAGAAAGAGGGAGGACGUUCAGAAACUAAAUGUCAGCUUUCCAUACGGACCAAUUCCUAAAGACUUCCAGCGGCGUAUCCGUCAGCACUACUACGCCGCUGUGUCUUACAUGGAUGCUCAAGUUGGGAGGCUUCUCAGCACUCUUGAUGCUCUCAGGUUGACUGACAGCACAAUGGUGGUUUUCACAUCUGAUCAUGGUUGGUCGUUAGGUGAACACGGUGAGUGGGCUAAAUACUCCAAUUUUGACGUGGUGACGCGUGUUCCCCUCAUCAUGUUUGUCCCUGGGGUCACGGCCUCCUACAGCUCUCCAGGAGAGUCUACCUUCCCCUUUAUUAACGUUUUAACCCAACCAGAGUACAGCUUCACAAAUGCCAGAGUUAUCCAAAACACGGUGGAGCUGGUGGAUGUUUUUCCUACAGUUUCUUGCAUGGCCGGCCUCCCAGCACUUGAGGAGUGCCCUGAUGUUUCUUUCCAGGUGGAGCUGUGCACAGCAGGAAGGAACCUGGUAGACACUUUUUACCAGACAGAACGAGGGAUGAUCCCUGAGCGCAUGGCUUUCAGCCAAUACCCUCGUCCCGCUGACACCCCGCAGAACAACUCUGACCUUCCUGAUCUCAAAGACAUCAAGGUGAUGGGUUACUCGAUGCGUAACUGGCUCUACAGAUACACCCUGUGGCUUGGCUUCAAUCCCAGAAGCUUCCAGGUGAACCUGUCGGAUGUUCAUGCAGGGGAGCUGUACAUGUUGUCAGUCGACCCUGAGGAGGAUGAGAACGUCUACAAGAAACUGGACCACAAUAUGGUGACGAAGAAGAUGGCCAGCCUUCCUCCUGACACAAGUCUGCAGACUAGAAUGAGGCUCCAGCUCUUUUACCACACAGCAGGACUGAAGACAGACAGAGGGAMGGUGUGACGAGCAUUAAACACAACAGAUGGACUCACUGGGACAAACUCAAAGGGAAUAUGGCUGCCUGAAAGGGAUAAACACUCUGUGUAUAUAUAGUGUAUAUAUAAAUAUAUUAAAAUCUUGCACUUUUUCAA